GGGUAGGGGGGAGCGCGGGUCCGCGGGCCGCCCCCGGGUUCGAGGCCCGAACCUGGCUCUCGAGCGGGACGCUCAGGCUCAGACCCUCGGCCUCAGCCUUCCCCGGAACGGGGGAUCGCAGUUCCCGUCUCGAGCACGGCGGGAGGUCCCCGAGGCCCGGCACACAGUAGGUGCCUCUCCGAGCCUCGGUUUCCCCUUCUGUGAAACCGGGUCGUCCCAGCGCCCACCCGGUGGCGCUUGUUGGGAGAAUUCAGAAGGUGGCGGACGAGGAAAGACCCUCGCACACGGGAGGCUGUCCGGAAGCGCCUUCCCCAGCCUCCUUCCCAGCGCGGCUCUGCCGGGAAGAUAGCUCCUGGGACCAUGGGCCUCGGGCCCUGAGGACACAGGGCUCCUUGUGGCCAUGACGACGGGUGACUGCUGCCACCUCCCUGGCUCGCUGUGUGACUGCUCUGGCAGCCCUGCCUUCUCCAAGGUCGUGGAGGCCACUGGCCUCGGGCCACCCCAGUACGUGGCGCAGGUGACUUCAAGGGAUGGCCUGCUCCUCUCAACUGUCAUCCGAGCCUUGGAUACGUCCAGCGAUGGUCCCUUCUGCCGGAUCUGCCACGAGGGAGCAAAUGGGGAGAGCCUGCUCUCUCCAUGUGGUUGCACUGGCACGCUGGGUGCCGUUCACAAGAGCUGUCUGGAGAGGUGGCUUUCCUCGUCCAACACCAGCUACUGUGAGCUGUGCCACACGGAGUUUGCAGUGGAGAAGCGGCCCCGACCCCUCACAGAGUGGCUGAAGGACCCAGGGCCUCGGACAGAGAAGCGGACGCUGUGCUGUGACAUGGUAUGCUUCCUGUUCAUCACGCCGCUGGCUGCCAUCUCGGGCUGGCUGUGCCUGCGCGGCGCCCAGGACCACCUCCGGCUCCACAGCCGGCUCGAGGCCGUGGGGCUCAUCGCGCUCACCAUUGCCCUGUUUACCAUCUAUGUCCUCUGGACGCUGGUCUCCUUCCGCUACCACUGCCAGCUGUACUCAGAGUGGAGAAGGACCAACCAGAAAGUUCGCCUGAAGAUCCGUGAUGCAGACGGCUCUGAGGGCACACAGCACUCCUCACUGGCAGCUGGACUCCUGAAGAAGGUGGCAGACGAGACACCAGUGUGAAGGCUGGGCUGGCAGGGCCAGAGGCAGCUGGUGAUGCCCUGGUAUUUGGAAGGAUGAAAUUGCCCGACCUUUCCUGCACGGCCGGAAUGCUUCUUAGGCCAAGAGACACCAAGCGGAGCUGAUUUCUGUGAUCCCACAUGAAGACAUUCUCCAGUUGUUUUGCACACUGUGGUACAUGAGAACAGAUGGACGUGGUCCUGAGCUUCGGACAGAGCAGGCACCCUGAUCUCGUUCUGAGGUCCACCCGGCCCCCUAGGGGCCAGCAGCCAUGGCCAUAGGUGAACCAGGGCGCCCACGGGGCUGGGAGGUUCCGCAAGCUUCUUGCACUUCUCUGCACCUGGCAGGCUCGCUUUCCUGGCACCCCUUGACUUUAUAAAGUUGCACUGCGUUUCAAAAACCCACCCUGAAUGAAUAAAAGGAGCCCUUGCUGGACAAAA